UCUUCCUUGAUUUCUCUAGCACACACCUUUGCAAACAAAAGAUAAUUUCAUAGUCACAUUCACAUCACAUACGUGUUCCAAUUACUCAUUAGCAAGUAUGGCCGAUAACCAACCUCAGUUGAACGACUCUUACUAUGGACCUGCAAUUCCUGCUGCACGAGGGCGAUCCAGCAACCGCAACAACCGUGGCCGUAGCGGUUGUUGUUCUCUCUUCAGCUUUUUAUGGAAACUUCUUGUUGCACUUAUUGUCCUCUCCGGUCUCGUAAUCCUUAUCUUCUAUCUCAUUGUUCAACCCCGCACCUUCAAAUUCUAUGUCACGAAAGCCGAGUUAACCCAAUUUGACUAUACCAACAGCACACUACACUACAACAUGGUGCUCAAUUUCACUGCCCGUAAUCCAAACAAAAAACUUGGUAUCUAUUACGAUAAAGUUGAGGCUCAAGCAUUCUAUGAAGGGGCAAGGUUUGCGAAUGUCGAUGUGAUCACACACGUGAACUCUUUCCGCCAAGACAAAAAAAGCAGUGACCCUAUGAGUGGUGUUUUCUCAGGACAACAGUUGUUGAUGCUCCAUAGUGAUCAAGUGUCUGAAUUCAACAAAGACAAGAGUGUUGGAGUUUAUAAUAUCAAAGUGAAACUUUACUUUACGAUUAGAUUCAGACUUGGGGACUCCAUAUCCAGAAAGUACAAACCUAAGGUCAAGUGCGACCUCACUGUUCCUUUGAGCAACAACAAUGGAACUGGAUUUACCUUUAUACGACUUAUACCCACUAAGUGCGAUGUUGAGUUCUAGGUUCUAAGCUUGCACUUUCCUGUAAUUGUUUUCUU